CCCGUGCAUGUCAUAGCUAAAGGAAGUUUGUGUUUAUAAUAGUCUGGUUGGUCUGGAAACAUGUCAGACAUUGUGUUAAAGAUCAAAAACAGCGUAGCAGAGAAAAAGAAGACGUCUCUUACGCAAAGUGACUUGCAGAAAUGGGGUUUAAAAGGGAUCCAGCUCAGAGCCUACCAGCUGGACGGUGUGCAGUGGCUCACUCAGUGCCUCAACAACCAGCAGGGAUGCAUCCUGGGAGAUGAGAUGGGGCUAGGAAAAACCUGCCAGACGAUCUCACUGCUGGUGUACAUGUCUGGAGCUCUUGGGAAGAACGGUCACUUCUUGGUCCUGAGUCCACUCUCUGUCAUGGAGAACUGGAGGAAUGAAUUGGAACGCUUCGCCCCCUCUCUGACUGUGCUGUGUUACAAGGGAGACAAGGACAGACGGGCAGAGAUUCAGAGGGAGACAGACACAGAUGACUUCCAUGUUCUGCUCACUACAUAUGAGCUCUGUCUCAAAGACGCUUCAUUCCUGAGACGGUGGAAGUGGAAGGUGCUUGUAGUAGACGAGGCUCACCGACUGAAGAAUCAGAACUCACUAUUGCACAAAACACUGACAGAGUUCUCAGUUGGUUUCAGAGUUCUGCUGACAGGAACUCCCAUCCAGAACAACCUGCAGGAGCUCUACUCCCUGCUGAGCUUCAUUCAGCCCAGUAUCUUCACAGCAGAUGACACGGACAACUUUGUCAACUCUUACUCCAAUGUACAGAAUCAACCUGCUCUUGCUGCUGAGCUGCAAAGCGUCCUGGAACCUUUCCUGCUUCGUCGAGUCAAGGCGGAGGUGGCUGUAGAUCUGCCCAAGAAGACGGAGCUGGUGGUGUACCACGGCAUGUCGGCUCUGCAGAAAAAAUACUACAAAGCCAUUCUGAUGAAGGAUCUGGAGGCUUUUGGGAAUGAACAGGGCAGCAAAACCCGGCUGCUGAACAUCAUGAUACAGCUGAGGAAGUGUGUGGACCACCCUUACCUGUUUGACGGGGUGGAGCCAGAGCCCUUUGAGAUAGGAGAGCAUCUAAUUGAAGCCAGUGGGAAACUUUGCCUUCUAGACAGCAUCAUGACAUACCUGCACAAAGGGGGCCAUCGGAUCCUUCUGUUCUCUCAGAUGACGAGGAUGCUGGACAUUAUCCAGGAUUACAUGGAGUACAGAGGUUAUAGUUAUGAACGUCUAGACGGGUCUGUCAGAGGAGAAGAACGAAAUCUAGCGGUGAAGAACUUCAGCAGCAAAGAUAUCUUUGUCUUUCUGCUCAGUACUAAAGCAGGAGGAGUGGGCAUGAACCUCACAGCUGCUGACACUGUCAUUUUUAUAGACAGUGAUUUCAACCCUCAGAAUGACCUGCAGGCUGCUGCACGCUGCCAUCGGAUUGGUCAGAACAGACCCGUGAAAGUGAUCCGCCUUCUGGCCAGAGACACCGUGGAGGAGAUCUUGUACUCCCGCGCCGUCUCCAAGUUGCAACUCACCAACACUGUUAUCGAAGAGGGACGCUUCUCUUUGCUGGAUCAAGCUCAGUCAGCUGCAGCGGGACUGCAGCUCAGUGAGAUCUUGAAGUUCGGGGUAGAUAAGCUGCUGUCAUCAGAAGAGAGCUCUGUAAAGGAUGUGCAGCUGGAGAAGAUCCUCGGUGCAUCACGUGACGGUCAGUGGGUCGACGAUGAAGACUCCACCUCGCUCACGGGGGAGGAAGAGGAGGAAGAAAACGACUCUGAUGGGCAGAGCCACAUGUACUACUUUGAGGGGAAAGACUACAGUAAGGACCCCAGCUCUGUGGACCAGAAGAGCUUUGAUCGCUUGUUGGAAGAGCAGCUGGCCGAGUUCCAGAAAGCUGCAGGAGAGGGACGAGCUCUACGACACAAAGCCGGGGUUUCACUGGCGGUAGCUCUUGGAAUUCCAACGAGGAAGAGGAAAAUUCUUACUGAGGCUGAGCUGGAACUAAGGCGGCAGAAGAGGGAGGAGGCUGCAGCCAAGAGAGCCAAAAUUCAGGAAGACAUGAAGAGGAAGCAGCAAGAGCAGAAAUACAAGAAAAAAAUGGCAUGGUGGGAAUCCUGCGGCUACAAAUCAAUGUGCCUGCAGUCUGUGGACAGUGAGGAAGAGGAGGAAGAUGAGGAUGAUGACGACUACAGCGUGUGUUCUACAGACUCAGACAGCAUGACUAUCCAGUAUAUUCUGGGGGAUGUUACUCAUCCUCACGCUGCACAUGGUAACGCUAUCAUCGUCCACUGUGUUGAUGACUCAGGUCGAUGGGGCAGGGGAGGCUUGUUCACAGCUCUAGAGGUGAGAUCUGAUGAACCACGGAAGCAAUAUGCGUUGGCUGGCAAGAUGAAAGACUUGGACCUCGGAAACGUGCUGCUCUUUCCCAUCGACGACAAACAGUCCAGACCGGACGGCCGGGAUCAAUUGGCCCUCAUUGUAGCACAGCAAAGAGACAAAGCCAACAACCUGUCUGGGAUCUUUCUAACUGCGCUGGACGAAGGUCUUAAGAAGAUUUACGCUGCAGCCAAAAGAAACAAGGUAAGUGUGCAUCUUCCACGCAUCGGCCACUCCACCAAAGGCUUCAACUGGUACGGCACAGAGAGGCUAAUUAGGAAGCACCUGGCUUCCAGAGGCAUCCCUGCAUUCAUAUACUAUCACAGUCGAACUGCUAAGAACACAGCUACACCCCACACAGCCACCUCCACGACCUCAGCGCAAACAUCCUCCCCUGAACCACAGCUGCAUGACUCCAGCAGGUUGACGGACGAGGCAGAGGCAGAAACGGCGGGCCCUUCCACUCUUGUCCAGAGCGGAGGCCCCACAGAGCUCCCCAGUUUCAUGAGGGGGGUCUGUGUGUUUUUCUACAAUCUACCUGCCUCUGAGAGGAAGAAGCUGGCUCGCUACCUCAUCACUUAUGAUGGAAAUGAGGAGGAGAUCAUGAGUCCGGAGGUCACCCACAUAGUUGCGGAGGUGGAGAGCAGCAUCCACUCGCAGGAGCUCCAGGAUCUGGUGUUUGAGUACACGCAGGCUGUCCCUGUGCAGAAGGCCUGGCUUGAGUCCUGUUUCGCCAAACAACGAAAAGUCAACACUGAACAGUUCCUACAUGUGCUCAGAUAAAACACUGUCAUUGUUUCAUUGUUUUGUUUUUUCAACAAUUUUUUUAGUUUUUUUUUUU